AUGUUAACCAGCUCGAAACGCGAGAAUGGACGUUCUCCAUUGAGUACCACGACUCGUGCCAGCCACUCGCCUCUACAGCCACGACAUGUCCUACGUGAUAUGGACGAGCAUGGAAUGUUCGAAAGCAGGAGCGUAAUACUGGAACCUGAAGAUAGAAAAUCGUCUAUCACAAUCACUAAUGCAACUUCGGAGUUCGAAGUUCACCGGCCCAGUCCCAUUUCGCCCCCGAACCACGAUUGCAGCUGGAAGAAUCGCUAUCUGGCACUGACAGCUGAGAUUCGCUUACUGAAAGCAGAGCUGUCUACUAGGGCUUCCCUUAGGGGAGCAGAUAUUGAUUAUGCAAGACGGGCUGACGAAAACAUCAUGAAUGAGGAAGAUGACCUGGGGAUCGAGGGGGUUACGAUUGUUAUGCACUUGAAGGGCAGGGACGACUUAGUUAUCAAUACGGACUUAACCCAAGUAGUUGAAUAA